GAGCGCUCCAUAUUCAGCAUUUGACCAUGUCUUCUCGUAAAACUGCUGGUCGCCGCGCCACUACAAAAAAGCGAGCACAACGAGCCACUUCAAAUGUGUUUGCUAUGUUCGAUCAAGCGCAAAUUGCCGAAUUUAAAGAAGCAUUUAAUAUGAUUGAUCAAAAUAGAGAUGGAUUCGUGGAAAAGGAAGACCUACAUGACAUGUUGGCAUCCCUGGGUAAAAAUCCCACAGAUGAAUAUCUAGAAGCUAUGAUGAACGAAGCACCAGGUCCUAUAAACUUCACCAUGUUCCUGACUUUGUUUGGAGAACGCCUACAAGGAACGGAUCCAGAAGAUGUAAUAAAAAAUGCGUUUGGUUGUUUUGAUGAAGAGAAUACAGGAGUAUUGCCUGAAGAUCGUUUGCGUGAGCUUUUAACAACCAUGGGAGAUCGUUUUACGGAUGAAGAU